AUGAAGUCUAAGAAGAGUGGAGAUCACUUCACGAAUCUCAAAAAAGUUUUCGAGCGCAUGCGGCUACACAAGCUCAAGAUGAAUCCCGCCAAGUGCGUUUUUGGAGUUCAGGCAGGCGAUUUCCUGGGAUUCAUUGUCCAUCAAAGGGGCAUUGCAGUCCCUGAGGAUAAGGCAAACGCGUCAUCAACGCAUCUCCCCCACGAACAAAGAAAGAGUUACAGUGACUACUGGUUUUCCCCACUGCUGAAGUUGCAAGGACAGAACGAGUUUGUGUGGGAACCUAAACAUCAAGAGGCUUUCGACAAAAUCAAGGCCUAUCUGGCGAGCCCGCCAGUGCUUGUUCCUUCCAGAGCUGGAUUUCCAUUAAAGUUGUACGUUUCAGCAGUUGAGGCUUCCAUUGGCAGCUUCCUCGCUCAGGAUGAUGAAGAGGGUGUCAAACAUGCCAUCUUUUACCUCAGUAGGGCACUCACAGAUUGCGAAACAAGAGGCCGUAUUGGCAAGUGGGUGCUCGCCUUAUCAGAAUUCUCCUUACAGUAUGUGCCACAGAAAGCAGUAAAGAGGCAAGCCAUCGCGGACUUUCUAGAACAUCACCCUAUGUUGGAUGUCCCCGCGGUUAGAGAUUUAGAGGUCGCUGCCACAACUUUAGAUCGCCUGGAUUUGGCGUGCUCACCAGAGUACGCCGCACUGUAUCAAGCCACAGUCUCACUCCAGCCCUGGGUGUUAUAUUUUGACGGGUCAAGAACGGGUACGCUAGCAGGAGCAGGAAUUGCACUGAAGAAUCCAGCUAGAGAUCACUUUUCGUACUCAUUCAAGUUAGAGUUUCAAUAUAUCAACAACCAGGCUGAAUAUGAGGCCUUAAUCAUAGGCCUAGAAGUACUGUCGGAAAUGGGAGUCAAAGAUGUACAAAUACUUGGCGAUUCUCUCUUGGUUAUCAAUCAGUUGUGCAAUGAGUUCAGAUGCAAUAGCUUCACGUUGGUCCCUUAUUGGAACAGGACAUUAGAACUGUUGGACCAGUUUGAUAACGUACAUCUUGAGCACAUUCCUCGCGAGCGAAAUUUUGCCACGAAUGAGUUGGCCCAGCUGGCAACAAGGGUAGCAUUGAGAUAUAGUGUGCGGGAAAGAAUCCUUAAAGUUGAGCGUCGCACGCUUCCUUCAUGGAUGGCGAGAAAAGAUCCUCCAGACGAUACCUCAGUCGCGACCCUGGAAUCUAUUGACGUGGAUAUUCGCAUCCCUUUGAUCAAUUAUCUCAAGCAUCCUGAUCAUACCACGGAUAGAAGGAUUCGCUAUCUUGCCCUCAACUGCUUCCUCAGAGGUGAUGAACUUCACAGACGAGGAGAAGAUAGUGUGGAUUUCAGAUGUGUUUAUGGCCGCGAAGCGAAACAACCCAUGCGCGAAGUUCAUUCUGGCAUUUGUGGCGCUCACCAAGCAGGUCCAAAGAUGCGAUGGUUGCUUACACGACAUGGAUAUUUUUAG